AUCACCUAGUACAUGUUUCCGCAGCCGAAUCCCACGGUGAUGCAACAAUUGCUGUAGAGUCGUACAGCCCUAUCGACAAGGUGACCGCAAGAUUCUCCCAGAGUAUAUAUAAGGCCUUGCAAUUGCCCUCCCUGCAAGUUACUCACACACACACUCCCCUGUUCCAUCCGAUAUUAUUCUGAAGCAUGUUUAGCGACUUACUGGGUAACUUUGACGGGACCGAUUUGAAAUCGGUGAAACAGAUUGCGAAUGUUCUCAGCGUCGUUGGCCUCUUUGGCUGUAACGCUUGGACUGUCCUUAAACCGAAUAAUAACGGUUACUGGUGGUACUGGAGAUACGCACACUAUCUCAAUGCUAGGGAGUGGGUCUUUGGCAUCUCAUGGAGUGUCAUCGAUCUACUGCUCCUUGGUGUCGUACUCUAUCAAUUCACCCCCAAUGGUCAACGAGUUGUUAUAGACGGCAUUGGCUGGCGUUUCCCAGCGCUCGCAGUUCUCAACGCUAUUUUCGUGGUCUUGAGGGCGGAACGCGUGUAUAUUGCUUCCUUUAUCUUCUCGCUCUUAAUCUAUGCUUGUGUUACGGAAAUCUACUACCGCCUCAAGAAGGUCCACAUACCUUCAAGCCUUGGAGAAGAAGUCUACGUCCACGUGCCGUUCUCGCUGUGGCACGGAUGGUCAACCUUCCUCGUCCUGCUGUCUAUAUUUGAGGCAUUUGCUAAGUCGACCCGCUCCUCUGGCGUAGGGAUGAAGAUCCUGGCAGUGGUCGCAUUGUUGCUCCUCGAAGCUACGUCGGCCGCGUACGCGUACUGCGGAUCUGAAACAGAUGUUGCAGGAUCGAUCGUUAUCUCGCUGGCGCUUUGGGCUGUUUUUGAUGUCCAGCAUCACGAGGGAACAUUCAUAUGCUGGGCAACCCUCAUUUCCGCUGUUCUGUCGCUUGUCUGGGUUGGCGUUGGCGCAGUCAAGCUGAUCAAGAAGCUGCGCGGUGGUGCUGUCGCGCUUGACUCGGAAACCACCGAGCGCACUCCUCUCAUUGGUAAUGGCCCUUGAGUUUGUCGGAGGGUGUUUACGGGAUUUUCUGCCAGAAGACGCUGGAGUACAUACUGUUCUGCAUUCAGUGGAUUGAUCAACCACUGUUUACAGUACUCAGGACAUAUUCUACUAGUUCACUCACAAGUGUGUCGCUCUGUAUUCACCGAAUCUCUUUAAGUAUUGUCCAUGCC